AUGCGCUCCAGGUUUGCAUCUUUCACUCUUCUUCGUCUUAAGCUCAUUGAAGCUGCAUUUAGCAUGGGACUUGAGACAACUAAUGCAGGCGUACGUCCCAAUUUCCUCUGGAUAAGGAGCCACAAUGCACUUUCCGGCCUUCUUGCAGCAUCUGCAAGGAACACUGGCUGGUACCCCGUGAUCUUCCAGUUUGUGGACCUUUUCGUGGUCCGCGAAGUUGCUCUUGUUGUACUCCUUGCCGUUGCACUUGGGGCAUGGCUUCCGAUUGUUGACCUUGCUGCUUUUGAUGAUGGUGCUGGUGCUGCUGGUGCUGCUGGUGCUGCUGGUGCUGCUGGUGCUGCUGUUGGUGCUGGUGCCGUUGGUGCUGCUAGAGCUUCCCCUUGGGUGCGUGCAGGGCUCCUCCGGGGACCCUAUGAUAACGCACAAGUGGCAGCGUUUAGGAAGCUACAGCUGCGAUCACCAAUUGAGAAGCAAGCCAUCACAUUGCGCGCAUUUCCUGAAUAA